AAUAAUUUUAUCAAAUAUUAUAGAUUAUGGAAAUUUUGCAAGUGCCAAAUUUUAACAAAACUUUAAAGCUAUAAAAGAAAGUGUAUUUUAAAAAAAUUAUAGUAGUUAAAGUGAAAAAGUUAUUUGAACGGCACAUAAAUGAGACAAUUUCUAAUAGUUUUCGGCUUUGCAGCGGUCAUUGCUGCUACAUCGGCUACUGAUUAUUGUUCCAAUCAUUUAUGCUUUUAUGGUAAACAUAUUGCCUGUGGACAUAAUGGGCAAUUUUCCUCUACUUGUCCUGCCGAUGCCGCCAUGGUUCCCAUGACAGAUUCUUUAAAACAAUUAAUUGUUGAUGGUCAUAAUACGAAACGCAAUUUCAUUGCUGGUGGCGGUGAUGUUAAUCAUAAACCUGCUUGUCGCAUGGCCACUAUGCAAUGGGACGAUGAAUUAGCUUACUUCGCCAGUUUGAAUGUAAAACAAUGUGCAAUGAAACAUGAUGCCUGUAGCAAUACAGACAAAUUGCAUUAUGUUGGACAGAAUCUUGCCUGGAUGGGAUACUUCGAACCUGUUAAUAACGAGAAAGAAUUCAAUAAGGCCAUUGAAAUGUGGUACGCUGAAGUGGCUAAUUCUAAACAAGAAUAUAUGGAUUCAUUUCCACCUUCUCAAUUAAACUCAAUUGGACAUUUCACUGCUAUGAUGACUGAUCGUAAUAUACGAGUGGGCUGUGCGGCAUCUACAUAUUCUAUUUCUGGACAACCUUAUAAGGCUUUCUUAGUAGCUUGUAAUUAUGCUUCUGGUAAUAUGCCAAAUUUCCCGAUUUAUGUUAAAUGUGAUAUACCAGCUAAAGACUGUUUAACUGGCAAUAAUCCUUCUUACCCUAACUUGUGCUCCGUUAAUGAACAAUUUGAUCCUAAUUAUGGUUUUAAUUAAUUGUGUUAAAUUCGUUUUGAAUAAAGUUGUUUGCAAAAUGUAAAUUAUUUUUUUUAUAUCCUUAAUAAUAUUUGA